UGGUUUUUCCACUUGUGGGUUUUGAUAAUUGCCAACGAUCAACACGAAGCAAGCAUUCUAUCCACACCCUUCACCAUAUCUGCUUGCGAGUCAAAUUGUCUCGAAAAAGUAGAAAACUUGCUUUGAAUGGCUAACUCCCUAUUUUUAUCAACUGUUUGUUCCUUUCAACCCCUAAACAAGCCAGGUACUGUUACUGGGUUUUCAAUUGAGAGAAAGAUUCUUCGAGCAAAUGAGUUAUCCAAGCACUCUAAAGCUACAAAGUUUCAGACUUUGGAGGUUAAGGCUACGAACAGUAAUCAAACUUCCAAGCCAAAUAGCAUAGUCUGCAAAGAUUGUGAUGGAAAUGGUGCUGUGCUAUGUUCUCAGUGCAAAGGAGCUGGUGUUAAUUCAGUCGACCACUUCAAUGGACAGUUUAAAGCUGGUGGACUGUGUUGGCUUUGCAGAGGCAAGAAGGACAUUCUAUGUGGCAAUUGUAAUGGAGCUGGCUUUGUUGGUGGAUUCAUGAGCACUCAUGAUGAUUGACAUUUUUAAGAACACUAUCUUUUGAAGACAUGACGUUUUUUCCUGCAUUUUUUGCUCUGUAUCUUAUAUGGUAAUACUAUUUACUGAGCUGGAAGCACUAUCAUCUCAAUUUUGAGGUGCUUCUCUUUGUUUUUUUGACAAAUGGUAUUUGAUUAAAUUUUUAGAAACAAUUUAUAAAGAGCUACUUUUUGCUUA